AUGAGGGAGAGGAGAACAGAAGUUGCUGGAAAAGCUCGGCAGGUCUGGCAGCAUCUGCGCAGAGAAAUCAGAAGUUAAGGUUUCAGGUCCACUGACCCUUCCUCAGAAGUGUUGAGGGAAGAAAUGAAUUACCCGGUUUUCCUUAAUCUCACGAGUAUUUACGCUAAAACUGAACAGCACGAGUUGCAAUAGGAUGUAUUGGGCGGGAGGAAGGUGAUAAUCUCAGCACAGUCAUUGCAGGCGGUUUAUCUUUUUUAAAUCUCUAACUGACCUCCCCCUUUCUUAUUGUCUGGCGGCGGCGGCGGCGGCCUGGGUUGCCAUGGUGAGAGCCCAGGGAGUGGGCGCGCGAGCAGUGUAUCGCUGGGCUCGCGGUGCCGCGACCCCGAGCCGAGCUCAGUGCAAUGCCAGGCUGGUGCUGGGCAUCGAAACCAGCUGCGAUGACACGGCAGCGGCGGUAGUGGACGAAACAGGCAAAAUCUUGGGAGAAGCCCUAUAUUCUCAGAAAGGAACUCAUCUCAAGGCAGGUGGUAUAAUUCCAACCGUCGCUCAUAAGCUACACAAAGAACACAUUGAAAAUGUGGUGCAAGAAGCGAUAGAUAAGAGUGGUGUCUCUCCUAAUGAAUUGACAGCAAUAGCAACUACCAUAAAACCGGGACUUGCGUUAAGCUUGAAAGUGGGCGUAGAGUACAGCUUAAAACUAAUAGAACAAUAUAAGAAACCCUUUAUCCCUAUUCAUCACAUGGAGGCACAUGCACUAACUGUUAGAAUGCAGCACAAGGUGGAAUUUCCCUUCCUGGUCCUUUUGGUUUCUGGUGGACACAGUUUGCUGGCUGUUGCCCGUGGAAUUUCUGACUUCCUUCUUCUUGGACAAACUUUGGACGAAGCACCUGGAGAUACAUUAGACAAGGUUGCACGAAGAUUGUCCCUCAAAAAUCACCCAGCAUGUCAUACAAUGAGUGGAGGUGAAGCCAUUGAAUAUUUGGCUAAAAUGGGAAACAGGAUGCAGUUUGAAUUAACGCAGCCUAUGAGCCAGCAUCCAGACUGUGAUUUUUCCUUUGCUGGUCUCCGCAAUCAAGUCAAUCAAAUAAUUAUGAAAAAGGAAAGGGAAGAAGGUUUCCAGAUGGGUCAGAUAUUGCCCUGUGUAAGUGACAUUGCUGCUGCGGUGCAACAUACAGUGACCGCUCACUUAGCCAAACGUACACAUCGAGCUAUUCUCUUCUGUAAGAAGGAAGGUCUGUUGCCUCAAUCAAAUCCAGCCUUGGUAGUUUCAGGGGGAGUGGCCAGUAAUGAAUACAUCAGAAAAGCACUUUCGAUAGUAACUGAAGCAAAUGGAUUCUUGCUGCAUUGCCCACCUCCAAAACUUUGCACAGACAAUGGCAUCAUGGUUGCAUGGAAUGGUGUUGAGAGACUUCGAGCAGGAAUUGAUGUUAUACAUAAUCCAAAAGAAAUUCGCUAUGAGCCCAAAGCCCCUCUGGGAGUUAAUGUUUCUGAACAAGUCAAGAGAGCAGCACUCAAAGUUCCAUAUCUAAAGCUAAAGACAUGAUUAAUUUGGCUUCUUCAUGGUUCAUCAUUUUAGAAAAUCGCACUGUGCUGGGCUUUAAACUAGAUUCAUGCACAUUGUAUUGUACUACUUGCAUACAAAUUUAAGAACAGGUAUUGGCCAUUUGCCCAAUCAAAUCUGCUCUGCCAUUUAAUAAAAUCAUGGUUGAUCUGAUUGUAAACUGCAAUUGUAUGUUUGAAAUACCAGGAGAAAGUGAGGACAGCAGAUGCUGGAGAUCAGAGCCGAGAGUGUGGUGCUGGAAAAAAACAGCAGGUCAGGCAGCAUCCGAGGAGCAGGAUAAUCAACGUUUCAGGCAAAAGCCCUUCAUCAGAAAUACUGAAAUGCCAGUAAUUCAAUGAUUAUGUUCAACAAUUGAGUGAAAAUUGUGACGUACAAGGUUAAUCUAGCUCAUAUGUUGUAUAUUUCACAGGGAAGGAACAGGGAACUCAAUUUUUGAUUGUUUUUAUAUUAAGCUAAGUAACAAGCUUAAUUCUUGAUUGCUUUUAUAUUAAACUCAUCAACAAGCUCAGAGCAUAAUAUGGUGAAUGCCUAAAAGUUGGCCUUCAAUCUGUUUUGUUAGGUGACAGCUGAAGCAGAGAAAACAGAGACAAAAUCUGUGCCAUUUCCUUUUUAAGUGCUUUGUGAAGAACAUAAACAUACACAAUUAUCAAUUUUGAGAUAAAUCAAUUAAACUCAGUUUACUUUUGAGUCCUUUAUUCUAAUGAACAAUUUCUGAAGUUCUUCCAAUGCCCUACUGAAAAAUGAAGACUGCAGUAGGAACAGUUAGCGCUCUUGAGCUUCCCUUGUCAAGUGUUACGACCCCAGCUCAUAUUUCUACUGAACAAGUCAGAUCCUAGAACAAAACCUGGCUUGAUAGAUCAUAUCUUUUCUUGAAGCAUGAGCACAGAAGACUGCAAAUUUUCUUCAAUGGUAAAAAGAAAGUUUAUUUAAGGAAAAUUGCUGAAAAUCAAACCAAGUUAUUUAAUACAGUGCAAAAGAUGUUACAACGCACAACAAAGCAAUGUUUUCAACUAUUCCUCAACACCAUGACUUUAUAAGCAUCAAAUUCAGAGCAAAUACUCCUAUAUCUUAAAUUUCUCAGUUCGACUGAACUGAUUUCUCCUAGAUCUUUCCUGUGAACUGAAAUCUUCUUGCAUGAGCACCCACAAAAUUGAAAACUUAGAUUUUCUCAGACUUUCAACAAUCUGCUGGUUUUUAAUUAAUCGCUCCUCGUUCGUCUGGAAGGGAAUCCAACUAAAUUACUAUUAAACUAAUUUAUUUCCUGAAUUGUUCCUAGGCAAAACUAUUGAUCAAAUUUUACCAAAAGUUAGAUAAGUGCCAGAAUUUUGAAGCUGCAUGAGGGCUUUCUCUCCAUGGCUCAUGAACUUUCUCAUGUAAUUUUACAUUAUUCACCUUCUAUAUGCACCAUGUUAUUGCUAUCUUGUGCUCACCAAUGGCAGAACUACCAAUCAUUACCAGAAAUUCUUGAAUUUCUGGUGUUGGUGUUAUACUGAAAGCAGGUCAUGCUAUCAGCUAGGAUCUGCCUUUCAUAAUAUGUGUAGUUGGAGGGAAACAGAAAAGCAUGAGGGCACAUGGGUGACACUUCAUUGCAAAUAGAAUUUCACAUUCAUAUCACUUACCUGAUACUUCCUGCAACUGCAGCUACAAGAAUCAUACUACAUGAACUACCCAUCCUGAGUGAUAUAGCUUGUUAGAACACUUUCUAACGUAGUGUUACUGUUUCUUCUACAUCCAGCGCAGCAUAACAUCUUAUCAUUGUGCAGUCUGAAAGGGACUUAAUAAUGCAAUUUCCCCUUGAACAGUCUCAUGCCACUCAUAAGUAAUGCCCACAUGCUCAGUCAGAAAAUAAGACAGUCUUCCGACUCUUGGUGUGACAUCAGCCAUUGUCAUUACGCACGUACAAUUUGGAUGAGGCUGGAAAACAACUCCAGUCACAAUUGACGCAGUGAGUCAGGAUCAGCUUGGAAAUGAAGGCAUCCCCUUUAUAUAGGAUGGGCUGAAGGGCUAAAAUUUAUGAUAUUCGAAAGAUGCAUGACCUUGAUUGAGCCCUGUAAACAUUCCUCUAAGUGCAGAAGACACACAAUCAACAUGUUUUUGUGUACUUGAUGUUACACUGCAUAAGAGUUUCAUCCUGGAUUGUUGGACUUCACCUCGGAUUGGAAUUGCGAACAGUACCAGGAGCCAACCUAAACCUUCAGACUAGCCAUCGAUUGAGGAUCCCCAAUGUGCAGAAGGGCGUGAGGCUUAUUGUUUUUUUUUCCUUUUUAAAAGUUACUUAAUAGAUGAUCAUAUUUCAGUCUUUCAUUUUACCU